AUGACUCCACAUUUAAAUAGCCUUGUCAGACCUUUCCAUGAGUCUGAAAUCCAAGCAGCUGUUCUUUGCAGCAAGAAACUUGGCUUGCAAGUCAGGGUUAGAAGUGGAGGACAUGAUUAUGAAGGCCCAUCUUACCUCUGCAAAACCCCAUUUAUCAUCAUUGACUUGAUCAAUCUCCGGUACAUUGAGGUCAACCUUGCAGAUGAGACAGCUUGGGCUCAGUCAGGAGCCACACUUGGUGAGCUUUAUUAUAGCAUUGCCAAGAAAAGUUGGGUCCAUGGAUUUUCAGGAGGAUUGUGCCCUACUGUUGGUAUUGGAGGGCACUUGAGUGGAGGUGGGUUUGGAAUCCUAAUCAGGAAGCACGGCCUGGCAGCUGAUAAUGUCGUAGAUGCUCGAUUCAUUGCUAUCCAAAAAUCCCCUCUGGAAGAUGAAUUUCAAAGCCAAAUCCGACUUUGUGAAGAACCCAAUACCCGAACCGGGACUCCAAGGGAUUUGGGAGAGGUUUCAGCAGGAACAAAAUGUGUACAUGAUUUUGGAUCCAUAUGGUGGAAGAAUGAAUGA